GUUAGGUAGUGCUCGCUCUGACAUUAGAAACGAAAUGUCUUGAAAAGUUGAAGAUGGAUUUCAAUGCUGGUGUGUUUACAGAGAAAUCUUCAAUUCUCAUUGACGGUGGUGAUCGAUUUGGUGUUUCUGCGAUUCACUGGGAUCUUCAGGAAGAGCUUCUUUGGGUUGGAAAUCAAGGAGGGCAUGUCACAAGCUACUAUGGCUCCUCUCUGCACAAAUACACAUCAUUCCAAGUUCACGCGUCACAAGAAAUCAGACAUAUGGUUUCGUUGGAUGCAGGUUUACUGGUAGUAACUCCAAAUACUCUGAGAUGCCAGCAAAGAAGAGGUGUUCCACUCUUCAGUUACAGUUCAAAUAAUUUUGAAGAUCUACAGUGUGUGCUACAGCUGGGACAAACCAAAGUUCUUCUUGGUGGUCACCAACCACUUUUAGUGGAAUUUGACUUAAUCACAGCAAAGGAAACAACAAAGUUUGAUGUAGGAGAAAAAGGCUGUGCAAUUCUACGACAUCAUCCACGGUUUAUUUGCUCAGGUGAUGCCAGUGGCUCUGUAUCACUAAGGGAUCCUCGGACUUUACGAGAAGAACAUAGAUUCGUAGCACAUACGGAAAGCCUAUCAGAUUUUGAUGUUCACAAUAAUUUGGUCGUGACCUGUGGAUUUUCUUCCAGGCUUGGAGGAGUCGUUCCGGAUCGGUUUCUGAAAAUAUAUGAUGUGAGAAUGCUACGAGCCCUUAGCCCAGUUCCUGUUGUAGGAGAACCGUUUUUGCUACGAUUUUUGCCAGCCUUCUCGUCCCAGUUGGCUGUUAUAUCCGCCAUGGGACAGCUACAAAUUGUGGAUGCUGCUGCCCCUGCUGCUUCAGCUCUGCAACUUUUCCAAGUGAAUAAUGAAGGUGCUAUGUGCAUGGCUCUUGAAGUUUCCUCCUCUUGCCAAUGCUUAGCUGUGGGAGAUGCCGGUGGAUAUGUACAUACUUUCGCAUCGAACGCGUCUGCUUUAUUCAACAGCUUUUCUCGACCGACUGAAUUUGCCGACCCUGUGGAAUCGCUUCCGGUUUCGAUAAACAUGGACGACAUAACAACGCCGUUCACUUCAAUCCCUUUUCCUUUGAAGCACAGUGAACCGCUGUUAUCAGACUGGCCCGAACAGUUUACACGCAGGAAGUUCCGCAAGGUUCCACCGAUUGAUCACGCCAUCCUAGCCAAUAUGCGAAUGGUUGGAACCAUUGGGUAUGCUCCAAGUCCAGCUGGUCACAGACCUAAUCAAGUGUCGUACUCAACUGAAAAACGAACACAGCGUGGUCAAAAACAUUCUGGAAGUGAUUCGACGCAUUCAAAAGAAGACACUGAAUGCUAUCAAGUUUGGAAACGUUACCGUCACAUCGAGAUGCGAUACACAAAAGGAGGGCUUGAUGAAAACGAAUUGGCUCGUUACAAUUCCACUCCUCUCUGUGGUUUAGAUAACACACUUCCAUAUUCGUAUGCAAAUUCGUUGUUGCAGGUAUUAUAUUUCAUUCCUGACUUGCGUCGCAUCCUGCUGGAGCAUUGCUGCAACCGGGAGUUUUGCCUUGCUUGCGAAUUGUCAUUCCUCUUUCACAUGCUGGAUGUUGGUAGGAAUCAAGAUCCGAAUGGCCCACCCGUUACAGUGCAACCGUCCAAUUUUCUUCGAGCUUUUCGUACUUUACCGGAAGCUUCCGCGAUGGGCCUUUUGGUGGCAGAGAAUCAUCCAGAAAUCAAAAUUAAAAGUACUCUUCCGCGUCUUGCUCAGAGCUGGGCACGGUUUAUCCUUCAGCAACUCAGCAGCGAAACAUUGCCCCAAAACAAAAUAGCUAAAGAAUCAGCCGCAAUAACAGUGUCUGGUUUAGUUGAAUCCAAUAGAGAGGGUACGGAUUACUCGGUUAAACGUGAAAGAGAUCCUUCACCGUCCGAAGAUGGUCUCUCACCAGUUUCUCCCAUCUCCAAAUUGUUCGGAGUGGAGCAAGAGCAGACAAGCCGUUGCACAAAAUGCGGAAGUGAAAGUUCGAAAACGUCUCUCGUCCUUCUCUCUUCGCUUACCCUUCAAGACUUAGAAGGUGUCCAGAGCUUCGAAAAUGUACUCGAAAAAAGUUUUGACGUGACGAACAUUACACCGGCGUGGUGCGAUAUUUGUCAAAAAUAUCAAAUCACCCAACAAAGGAGACGAUGCCUUGCGCUACCACCAGUACUUGCUUUAUCUUGCGGAAACGAUACUUAUAAAGGCUUUAGGUUUUGGUCAGAUCAGCUUCAAUAUUUAUUAGAUCCCGAAGUAGUAGAUGGUUGCGAUUCGACGGAAAGCCAGUCGCAGCUUGGACAAGGAAAGCCAUGUAAGUACGGGCUUGAAUGCACACGACCUAACUGCAAGUUUGGACAUGGAGGGCAACCUAUGAAGCACAGUGCAAGUUUCACGGGAAUAUCUUCGAAUCAUUUGGUUCCUUCUGAACUGCGUUGUAAAGUUCAGCCAGAAGGAGGGCUGGUCUGCAUGAAACCAAACGAAAACCCGGAUGAAUUCUUGUCGUAUUCUUUGGUAGCUGCUGUCUGUUGGAUCGACGAAUCAAAACUGGAAACAAAACAUCAAGGGAAGUGGCAUUUGGUUUCAACCAUACAAAUCCCUCCUGAUUAUUUAUCUCCUAUAAGUCCGAAGGAAGAGCAUGAAUCCAGCAAUUGGUUCGUCUUUAAUGAUUUUGCUGUAAAUCCCAUUACAUCAGAUGAGGCUAUUUCUUUUUUUCCUGAUUGGAAGCUUCCUUGUUUACUGUUUUAUUCGGACGUGGCGAAUGGAUUUAACUUAAAAGACCCUCCAAGCAAUCCAAUCACAGCAGAUGUGUUCAAAGAAGACAAAUCUUUGGCCCAAAAAUCGGAAGGCUUACAAAGAAUCUCUUUCCUCCCACUGGCAACCGAUGAAAUGCCUGGUAAAGGAGACUUAGUGGCAAUGGAUGCCGAAUUUGUCACUCUGAACCAAGAAGAGGCGGAAUUGCGCAGUGACGGAAAAUCAACUACAGUGAGACCUAGUCAGAUGUCGGUUGCCCGCGUGACUGUUAUCAGAGGGCUUCGCAGCAACGGUUUAUCUUGGACGAGUGUUGAAUAUUCGAGUCAAGGUAACAUGGAAGGUUUACCUUUCAUCGAUGACUACAUCGCUACACAGGACCAAGUGGUUGACUACUUGACCAAGUUUUCCGGUAUCCAACCAGGUGAUCUGGAUAUCGCUUCAUCGUCAAAACAUUUAACUACCUUGAAGUCAACAUACAUGAAACUCCGCUUCUUGGUUGAUAACGGCGUAACGUUUGUUGGCCACGGACUUAAAAAUGAUUUCAGGGUUAUAAACCUACUAGUACCUUCCAGUCAAGUGAUUGACACCGUCCAUUUAUUCCAUUUGCCCCACCAACGCAUGAUAUCGCUUCGUUUUUUGGCAUGGCAUUUUCUUGGUUUGAAAAUCCAAUCCAUCACCCACGAUUCUGUGGAAGAUGCUCGAACAGCGCUUCGUCUUUAUCGCCGCUAUCAAGAAUUAAAAGCUAAGGGUGACGAUCUUUUUAAUGAAUCUCUCCAGGAACUGUACAGUGUGGGGCGCCGGUUACAGUGGAUGGUUCCUGGCUUAGAUGAAGAAUAGAAAAAUGCUCAACAUUUUAAUUCCUUUUUUCAGUCGCUAUUCAUUCAAUUGGUAGCUCUAUCACAGAGCUACCAAUAGUAAUAUUAUAACAUUCUUUCAAAUACUGUAAUGUGUUCAAUACAGUUUUUUCGCGAAGCUAUUUUGAUCUGGCUGGCAUUUAUAUUUGAUCUUUAGCUUUGGUAGAGCGUCGGCCAUUGGUGCAAAGGUUUGAUUUGAUUUUUGUUUAUGGGGUUCUGAGGGGUGUCCCUCUGGCAUCCAGAGUUCCUCAGUUCUUGGGCUUAAUUUAAUUGAAUUUUACCCUGCUCUGGUAACAUAAAUUUUUCUCUUUUUUGCCACCAGAUGCCAGCCCCACCGCUUUUGGGUCAAUGGACAAUGGUUUAGACUGUCCAGCACUUGUAUCGUACGCGUCAAACGUUUGACAUUUGCUCCGGCAAGUGGUGAACCUUGAAGUGAGAUGAUAUUCUAAUGGAUUAUUCACUUAGCAAUGAAUUCGGCUGUAACCCUUGCCUUUGCAUGUAUAUGGGAAUCAAAAUAGGAAUAAAGAAAAAUUAGAAGAAAACAACCAUUGUUGCAAGAUUUAUUCUACUUCUAACAAUAUUCUGGAAGUCUUUAGCAACUUAGUGUGACAAUUACAACAUAAAACAAAGAAUACCAUUCCACCUAAACCAGGCAACUUAUUUUAUCUGUACCAGAAUAUCACUAACCAAUGGCAUAGCCCAUAAAUUAAAAAUCAUGCAAUCUCAGAAUUAAGUUUAAAUGGGAACCAUUACAUUCAAGAAUCACAUUUGAUUAAGCCAUUAAUAUUCCAUGGGGCUUUAGUGUCAAGAAUUGCUUUCACCCUGUUGAUACCAGGUAUUUCAAGGGAAAUCCGUCAGGGCAGCUGGGUCUGGUUUUCCAGACCACCACAUGACCACUUGGAGUGGGGUACCUGGCAGGGAUUACACCAGCCGUUUCAAAAAUUAACGAAAACAGUGCUAUUAGCGCAACAACUUAAUUUAGGCUUUUUAACGUUUAAAACAAAAACUAUUAGACCAAUAGAAAAAUAAACCUGAUUUUCGUGA